GGCAUUCAUGGUUAUUGUUUUGUAUAAAUAUAGUAGCUUCUUCUACAUGUAUGCAUCAAUAUAAUUCAAUGGAGGAAAGUAAUCAAAUAAUGCUUCUUGGCACAGCUGCAAGCCCAUAUGUCAACAGGGUUCAGUUCGUCCUCAACCUCAAAUCUAUCAAAUACGAGUUCAUUGAGGAAAAUCUUGCAUGCAAAAGUGAUCUCCUCUUGGCAUCAAACCCAGUUCUAAAAAAGGUCCCUGUUCUUUUACAAGCAAACAAACCACCACUUUGUGAAUCUCUUAUCAUAAUCGAUUACUUAGAGGAAAUCUACCCCAAUGUCCACAAACUCCUCCCAUCCGAUCCUUUAGAUCGAGCUAUUAUCCGAUUUUGGGCCAAUUACAUGGAUAACGAGGUUUUACCUUUAUAUGAAAAGCUGAGGUGUACACCUCACAAAGAAGGAAAAGAAGCAAUAAUAAAGCAGAUUAUUGAAGAAUCAAGUUUGAUAGAAAAAACACAUAUCAAGUUUAGUAAUGGUAAGUCUUAUUUCGGUGGAGAAGAUGUGGGCUAUUUGGAUGUUGUUUUUGGAAGUUUCAUAGGUUGGACAAGAUUUGUUGAGAAGCAUUACAAUUUCAAGAUAUUCGAUCUAGUUAGGACACCAAAUCUUGUAGAAUGGGCAGAACGUAUGACAUCACAUGAAGUCAUUAAAGACUCCACCGCCUCAACUGCAUGGAUAGCUUUAAUCCUCAUAUUCACCACUUUAAUCGAUCAUCAGUUUAAUCGACUGAAGCAUGACCAUCGCUCCUCUAAAUCCCUCUCAAAACGUAAAUCUCCGUCACGCGUCGAUGCUUCCUCCAUAUUUAGAUGUGCUCCACAAAGUUUUUUCUUAUUUUCAAGGGUUGGCUUUUGUGCUGACUGCAGCUGCCGUUCGGUGAGCACCACCGUCAAACCACUCUUUGAGGAUGGUGCGACACUUGAAAUGCUAGAGAAGAAAGAAAAAGUGCUUCUGAAGAAAUCUAAUGCAAAGGUUGAACAGGCAAAGGAGUUCCCUAGAGCGAAAAACAAAAGAGCUGCAGUACAUAGUGUUUGA